GUGAGCAGCUUUCACAUUUUCAAACACACAAUCCAAUUCACCUUUGGUGAAGUGUCUGAUGCAGGCUGCACUGGGGCCGCUGACUGAUGAGCAACGCUGUCCAUCAGGGAUGAGUGGGACAUUCACGUCUUAGGUCACAAGCCUCUGGACAGAAACCGAGAGCGAUUUCACUGAAUCAGAUGGAGACUUGACUCUGGGCGUCUGGACCCCCAAAAAAUCCCUACAUUACGACCACUCCAGAGAGUAACGGAGCGAGUGACGACGGGGCUGCUGGACGUUCAGCCAGGUGUACUCUCCACUCGACCCCGCCUGCGCCCCCGCACCCGGAGCAGCCGGUCACUCUCACGCCUCGGGAAGCACACCCGCUCCUGCCCGCGGUGCGGUGCGCCUCGCAUGCGCCUUGUAAACACGGGAACCCUGACUGUUCAACCUGUGCACGUCGAGAUCCCAUCACUGCCCCAAUCAAGCAUGGAUCCGAAACCUAACAUCACCGAGCCGACGUUUGCAGAAACAACUGGAGCACACGAUCCAGACCGAGGCUAUUCAGAGGAACGCCUUUCCCAGGGCUCAUAUUAAGCUGGAAAACCCGGAGGACGCGAGUGGACGGCACCUGGCGUCACAGAUUUUUGUUGUUGUUGUUGUUGUUGUUGGCCACGACAGAUGCACUCACCCUUUAAAAACCGCGUCUGGGGAGAAGACUGGCGGGGCCAGAAAUCGUUGGGGCCGGAAACUCGAAAAGCGAACGCGCAGUUCCCAGCAUUCCUCGUGGGCGGUGCUUCCCUUUGACCCCCACGCUGACGCGCUGCACUUCCGGCCUCUGUUGCUACGGCGGGGAAGAUGGAGGCAGCGUCCGUGUCGGUCCCGGUCGAGUGGAUAAAGAGCUGGGAGAAGUCAGGGAGGGGCGACUUUUUGGACUUAUGUUGGCUUCUCAGCGAAAACAGAAGCCUCGGCAGUUCGACUUACAGAGAUUUCCAGCGAGCUCUCUAUGAGUUAUCGCACCAUGUCAUUAAAGGAAAUCUGAAGCCCGAACAAGCAUCUAGUGUUUUAAAUGACAUCAGCGAAUUUCGGGAGGAUAUGCCCUCCAUUCUUGCUGAUGUCUUUUGCAUGUUAGAUAUUGAGACAACCUGUUUAGAAGAGAAGAGCAAGAGAGACUGUUUUACGCAGUUGGUGUCAGCGUGUUUGUAUUUCGUUUCAGACACGAUUCUAAAGGAACGCCUGGAUCCAGAAACAUUGGAAUCAUUAGGACUUAUCAAACAAUCACAGCAAUUCAAUCAAAGGUCAGUGAAAAUCAAGACAAAACUCUUUUAUAAGCAGCAAAAGUUCAAUUUGUUAAGAGAAGAGAAUGAAGGGUAUGCUAAGCUGAUUGCUGAAUUGGGGCAAGAUUUAUCGGGAAAUAUUACUAGUGACUUAAUCUUAGAAAAUAUCAAAUCUUUAAUAGGAUGCUUUAAUCUAGAUCCCAAUAGAGUUUUGGAUGUCAUUUUAGAAGUGUUUGAAUGCAGACCAGAAUAUAAUGACUUCUUUAUAUCUUUAUUAGAAUCUUAUAUGAGUAUGUGUGAACCGCAAACACUUUGUCAUAUACUUGGGUUCAAAUUCAAGUUGAAGCAAGAGAAGGCAAAGGAAAAGGAGGAGGAGAAAGUAGAAAAGCCCCCGGGCAACCAAAAACUUGGUUUGUUAGGAGCCUUAUUAAAGAUUGGCGAUUGGCAGCAUGCACAGAACAUGAUGGAUCUGAUGCCUCCAUACUAUGCUGCUUCCCAUAAGCUAAUAGCUCUUGCUAUUUGCAAGCUUAUUCACAUAACUAUUGAGCCUCUCUACCGAAGAGUUGGCGUUCCUAAAGGUGCUAAAGGCUCACCUGUGAAUGCUUUGCCAAAUAAGAGAGCACCAAAACAAGCAGAGAGCUUUGAGGAUUUGAGGACAGAUGUCUUCAAUAUGCUCUGUUCCCUUGGCCCCCACCUUUCUCGGGAUCCCAUUUUAUUUGCAAAAGUGGUGCGCAUAGGCAAAUCAUUUAUGAAGGAGUUUCAGUCUGAUGGAAGGAAACAAGAAGAUAAAGAGAAAAUGGAAGUUAUUCUUAGCUGUUUACUUGGCAUUACUGACCAGGUACUACUUCCAUCUCUUUCUCUAAUGGACUGCAAUGCUUGUAUGUCUGAGGAAUUAUGGGGAAUGUUUAAAACAUUUCCAUAUCAGCAUAGGUAUCGUCUGUAUGGCCAGUGGAAGAAUGACACUUAUAACAGUCACCCACUUUUAGUAAAAGUUAAAGCUCAAACAAUAGACAAAGUUAAAUAUAUCAUGAAACGUCUAACCAAGGAAAAUGUGAAGCCUUCUGGAAGACAAAUUGGGAAAUUGAGCCACAGCAAUCCAACUAUUUUGUUUGAUUAUAUCUUGUCACAAAUACAGAAGUAUGAUAACUUAAUAACACCUGUAGUAGAUUCACUGAAAUACCUCACUUCAUUGAAUUAUGAUGUCUUGGCCUAUUGUAUCAUUGAAGCUUUAGCAAAUCCAGAAAAGGAAAGAAUGAAACAUGAUGAUACAACCAUUUCAAGCUGGCUUCAAAGUCUUGCUAGUUUCUGUGGUGCAGUUUUUCGUAAAUACCCAAUAGAUCUUGCUGGUCUUCUGCAAUAUGUGGCUAAUCAGCUAAAGGCAGGAAGAAGUUUUGACUUGCUUAUAUUGAAAGAAGUGGUACAAAAAAUGGCAGGAAUAGAAAUUACCGAGGAAAUGACAGUGGAGCAACUAGAGGCCAUGACUGGUGGAGAGCAACUAAAAGCUGAGGGAGGUUAUUUUGGCCAGAUCAGAAACACUAAAAAAUCCUCCCAGAGAUUAAAGGAUGCACUAUUGGACUAUGAUCUUGCUCUUCCCCUUUGUUUGAUUAUAGCUCAGCAGAGGAAUGGGGUGAUAUUUCAGGAAGGUGGAGAGAAACAUUUGAAACUUGUGGGAAAGCUCUAUGAUCAGUGUCAUGAUACCCUGGUACAGUUUGGUGGAUUUUUAGCAUCUAAUCUGAGCACAGAAGAUUAUAUAAAGAGAGUACCUUCAAUUGAUGUUCUCUGUAACGAAUUUCAUAUACCUCAUGAUGCAGCAUUUUUCUUGUCUAGGCCAAUGUAUGCACACCAUAUUUCAUCCAAAUAUGAUGAACUUAAAAAAUCAGACAAGGGAAGUAAACAGCAACAUAAAGUCCACAAGUACAUUACAUCAUGUGAAAUGGUGAUGGCCCCUGUCCAUGAAGCAGUAGUCUCAUUACACGUUUCCAAAGUCUGGGAUGACAUCAGCCCUCGAUUCUAUGCCACAUUCUGGUCAUUGACAAUGUAUGACCUUGCAGUUCCACACACCAGCUAUGAACGGGAAGUCAGUAAACUUAAAGUCCAGAUGAAAGCAAUUGAUGACAAUCAAGAAAUGCCUCCAAAUAAAAAGAAAAAAGAAAAGGAGCGCUGUAGUGCUCUUCAGGACAAGCUUCUUGAAGAAGAAAAGAAACAGAUGGAACAUGUACAGCGAGUUCUACAGAGACUGAAACUGGAAAAGGACAACUGGCUUUUAGCAAAAUCUACCAAAAAUGAGACCAUCACAAAAUUUUUACAGCUGUGUAUAUUUCCUCGGUGUAUUUUUUCAGCAAUUGAUGCUGUUUACUGUGCUCGUUUUGUUGAAUUGGUACAUCAACAGAAAACUCCAAAUUUUUCCACACUUCUUUGCUAUGAUAGAGUUUUCUCUGACAUAAUUUUCACAGUUGCAAGCUGUACUGAAAAUGAAGCUAGUCGAUAUGGGAGAUUUCUUUGCUGCAUGUUAGAGACUGUGACCAGAAUAUAUUAAAGAAAAAAGUAACAACCUAUUUUUGCCUCUUAGGAAUGUGGAAAUUAUCCAGGAUUCCUUACUAUAUUACGGGCAACUGGAUUCGAUGGUGGAAAUAAAGCUGAUCAACUAGACUAUGAAAAUUUUCGACAUGUUGUACAUAAAUGGCAUUACAAACUAACUAAGGCAUCAGUACAUUGCCUUGAAACAGGUGAAUAUAUUCACAUUAGGAAUAUCUUGAUUGUGCUAACAAAAAUACUUCCUUGUUACCCGAAAGUUUUAAAUCUGGGUCAGGCUUUGGAAAGAAGAGUGCAUAAAAUCUGCCAAGAAGAAAAAGAGAAAAGGCCUGAUCUAUAUGCAUUAGCUAUGGGCUACUCUGGGCAGUUGAAAUGUAGGAAGUCAUACAUGAUACCUGAAAAUGAAUUUCAUCACAAAGACCCCACUCCAAAGAAUGCAGUUGCCAGUGUACAAAAUGGGCCUGGUGGUGGGUCUUUAUCUUCCAUAGGAAGUGCAUCUAAAUCUCAUGAAAGCAGUGCUGAGGAGAAUGAUAAAUCAAUGGAAAGAUCUCAGUGUGGUGUGAAAGCUGUAAAUAAAGCUUCUAGUGCCACACUCAAAGGCAAUUCAGGCAAUGGCAAUGGUGGCUUUAAUAGCAGCAAAACCAUUAAAGAAAAUGACAAAGAGAAAGGGAAAGAAAAGGAGAAAAGAGAAAAGACUCCAGCUACUACUCCAGAGGCCAGAGUACUUAGUAAAGAUGGUAAAGAAAAACCAAAGGAAGAACGGCCAAAUAAAGAUGAAAAAGCAAGAGAGACAAAGGAAAGAACAUCUAAGACCAACAAAGAGAAAGAAAAAUUCAAGAAGGAAGAAAAAGCUAAAGAUGAGAAAUUCAAGACCACUAUCCCCAACAUAGAAUCAAAAUUGACUCAAGAAAAGGAAAUAGAGAAGGAGUCAUUCAGAGAAAGAGAUAUAGCAAAGGAAAUAAAAUCAAAAGAAAAUGUUAAAGGAGGAGAAAAAAGACCAGUUUCUGGGCCCUUGAAGUCAACUGUUCCCCGAUCAGAUAUUACUGAGCCUGAAAGGGAACAAAAACGCCGUAAAAUUGAUAUACACCCUUUGCCAUCACAUACCUCAACAAUAAAGGACAGUCUCAUUGAACUCAAGGAGUCUUCAGCAAAGCUCUACCUUAAUCAUACUCCUUCAUCACUAAUCAAAAGUAAGGAGAGAGAAACAGACAAGAAAGAUUUGGACAAGGCAAGGGAAAGAUCCAGAGAAAGAGAGAAAAAAGAUGAAAAGGAUAGAAAAGAGCGGAAACGGCAUCACUCAAACAAUGACCGGGAAGUGCUACCGGACUUAACCAAGAGGCGAAAAGAAGAAAACGGAACAAUGGCGGUUUCAAAACACAAAAGUGAAAAUCCAUGUGAUUCUCCUUAUCCAAAUGAGAAAGACAAGGAAAAAAAUAAGUCAAAAUCUUCAGGCAAAGAAAAAGGCAGCGAUUCAUUUAAAUCUGAAAAGAUGGAUAAACUCUCCAGUGGCAAAAAAGGUAUAUACAGACCCCUAAGUUGAAGGUCUCCUGGAGGAGGAUGCCAAAGCUCCAUGCAUCACUCUCAGGACAGUAUCUCCCAUAAUUAAGAGCUUCUGGUAUUGUCCAUUUCAGGGGAAUCUGCUUUAAGUCAGAAGAUGAAUACAACCCACCAUCCUCUAGACAAGACAUUCCAAAGUCACCAGUUGUCAGGACAUUA